AUGACAACCCUCACAUCAGCUCCUGUCUACUCCAAUAUAUUGGUAGCACAGCCUCCGGCAACGGUCUUCCAACAACAUCCCGGAGAAAACGUUGUCUUUAGGCUGAAGUUGGAUGACUCUACUGUCCUCUGUCCCGUAGUCGGUCAAACCAUGUGCACCCAGGACCCGACACUAAUGCAGCAGGCCCAGGCGCAGACGCAGGCACAGAAUCCACCGCAGUCGCAAACGCAGCCACAGCAACAACAACCCUCUCAGCAACAGGGUGCUGAUGACCAGCAGUCCCAACAACAACAAACUCAACAGCAGCCACAACAACAGCAAACUGCCAUUGAACAGGACGAAAACGUUGUCGGCCAUCAAUACAAGUGUGGAUACUGCCACAAACCCUUCUUCACCGAACUUGAUCUGCGGCAGCACAUUGACAUUGUACAUUCAGGUAUGCGCCGUUUUCCUUGCCAUAUUUGUGGAAAGGCCUACGCUAAGUCAUUUUUGUUGAAGAACCACGUCAAAAGCAUGCAUGAGCAAAUUCGUGACGUACUUUGCACAAUCUGUCAAAAGGCGUUUUGUAAGCGCUCAGUGAUGAAGCGACACAUGAAGUCAGUGCAUGCGGAUUCAAAGAACUUCACCUGUACAUUAUGUGGAAAAGCCUUUGCCGAAAAGAAAAACCUCCAGAUGCAUGUGGAUGCACUUCACAAAGGCCUGAAACCCUAUCACUGUAAUACGUGCGGAAAGGACUUCGCGCGGAAGUGCGAUCUUGUUCGUCAUGGAAACUCCGUUCAUAGAGGUUUGUCCGUUUUGCCCGCGUUCUGUUUGCUUGACACAACGACAGCCCCGAGGUUCCGCUGCUCUGGGCGGCACACUGGCCUCUAUUAG